UUCCGGUCUGAGCUUCUCUCGUUCCGUAGUGGCGGGAAAGGAGCUGCGCGACUGAGCGGGACUGGAGGUGGGGGAGUUCAUCGGUUCGGCCCCCUCGUGUAAAACCCUAAACGGAGUCCCCUCGCCGGAGCCCGUUGGACGGCGGCGGCGGCGAGAGCGCGCCGGGCGAAGCGAAGGGGGACGCCCCCCACCGAAAAUGUGCUGGCUCGCGACCCGGAACGCCGUCGUUUCGCUGCCCAAAUGGCGGUCCCUGUCUCUCCUCCUCCGCCCUCCUCUGCCUCUUUCCAGGCACUGCUCGGUCGGCGCCCCGCCACCCUCCUCUUAUUCACACCGAAGCAGACAGCUUUUGCAAAUCCGAUGUUACCGAAACCAGAAGACUUUGAAGGGAAGCACAAAAUCUACCAAGAAAAGAAAAACAUCUGAUGACAUCCUUGAUGACAAAUACAUUUCUCACAUGCAAUGGUGGAAAGAGAGGUUGCAGAUUUGCAGGAAGCAUUCCACGGUCCAAUUGGUCAGCAGGCUUGUAUAUUCCAAUUUGCUAGGUGUUAAUGUUAAUUUGAAAAAUGGAAGUCUAAAAGAAGGGUCGCUAAACUCGGAAAUAUUGCAGUUCAAGUCAAAGUUUCCUCGAGAAGUUUUGCUAUGCAGAGUUGGAGAUUUUUAUGAGGCAAUCGGGAUAGAUGCUUGUAUUCUUGUUGAAUAUGCUGGUCUGAAUCCUUUUGGUGGCUUGCGCUCGGAUAGCAUUCCCAGGGCUGGAUGCCCUGUCAUGAAUCUUCGACAAACUCUGGAUGACCUCACUCGGAAUGGCUUUUCUGUGUGCAUAGUAGAAGAAGUUCAGGGUCCAACUCAAGCUCGAUGUCGGAAGAGUCGUUUUAUAUCAGGGCAUGCUCAUCCUGGUAGUCCCUAUGUAUAUGGGCUUGUUGGUAUUGAUCAUGAUUUGGAGUUUCCAGAGCCAAUGCCAGUUAUUGGUUUAUCUCGGUCAGCUAGAGGAUAUUCCAUGAUUCUAGUUUUAGAGACUAUGAAGACAUAUUCGCUGGAGGACGGUCUAACUGAAGAGGCCCUGGUUACAAAACUGCGAACUUGCCAGUACCACCAUUUAUUUCUGCAUACAUCCUUGAGGCAGAAUUCAUCUGGCACUUUCCGCUGGGGAGAAUAUGGCGAGGGAGGCUUAUUGUGGGGGGAAUGUAAUUCCAGAAACUUUGAAUGGAUGGAAGGCGAUCUGGUGCCUGAGCUUCUGUUUAAGGUAAAGGAGCUUUAUGGACUUGACAACGAAGUUAAAUUUAGAAAUGUUACCGUGUCUUCAGAAAACAGACCUCAGCCUUUGCAUUUGGGGACAGCAACACAAAUUGGUGCCAUACCAACAGAAGGCAUACCUUGCUUGUUGAAGGUUUUGCUCCCAUCAAAUUGCACUGGUCUGUCUGCACUGUAUGUUAGAGAUCUUCUUCUUAAUCCUCCUGCAUAUGAGAUUGCAAUCACAAUUCAAGCUACUUGCAAACUAAUGAACGAGAUAAAUUGCUCAAUUCCUGACUUUACUUGCAUCUCAUCUGCAAAGCUUGUGAAGCUACUUGAACUGAGGGAGGCCAAUCAUAUUGAGUUUUGUAGAAUUAAAAAUGUUCUUGAUGAAGUAAUGCACAUGUACAGAAAUUGUGAGCUCAGAGAAAUUUUAAAGCUAUUAAUGGAUCCAACAUGGGUUGCAACAGGGUUAAAAGUCGACUUUCAGACAUUAGUUUCUGAAUGUGAAUGGGCAUCAAGUAAAAUUGGUGGCAUGAUCUCUCUAGAUGGUGAAAGUGAUCAAAAGAUUAGUUCCUGUUCCUUUGUUCCCGCUGAAUUUUUCGAGGACAUGGAGUCUUCAUGGAAAGGGCGCAUUAAAAUGAUACAUGUAGAAGAAGCUUUUGCAGAGGUUGAACGGGCAGCAGGGGCCUUGUCCAAAGCUAUUGAAGAAGAUUUCGUCCCGAUCACUUUACGAAUAAAGUCUAUGACGGCUCCACUUGGGGGUCCAAAGGGAGAAAUUACAUAUUCUCGAGAACAUGAAGCAGUUUGGUUUAAGGGAAAACGGUUUGCACCAACAGUUUGGGCUGGUACUCCAGGGGAAGAUCAAAUUAAGCAGCUUAAGCCUGCCGCAGAUUCAAGAGGUAGAAAGGUUGGAGAGGAAUGGUUUACUACAUUGAAGGUGGAGCAGGCCUUGGCUAGAUACCAUGAGGCUGGUGACAAGGCUAAAGCAAGGGUUUUGGAAUUAUUGCGGGGACUCUCUGCUGAGCUGCAGAUAAAGACAAAUGUUCUUGUCUUUGCUUCCAUGUUGCUUGUUAUUGCAAAAGCAUUGUUUGCCCACGUGAGUGAAGGGAGGAGGAGGAAAUGGGUUUUCCCCACCCUUGCCAGCUUCUCUAAGUCUAAGGUAACACCAGAAGAUGUGGAAGUUUCAGAUGGAUCAAAUAGGCUGAAAAUAGUUGGCCUGUCUCCUUAUUGGUUUGAUGUAGCGCAAGGCAGUGCAGUACACAAUACAGUUGAUAUGCAGUCAUUGUUUCUCUUGACAGGACCUAACGGUGGUGGUAAAUCAAGUUUGCUGCGAUCAAUUUGUGCAGCUGCUCUACUUGGAAUUUGUGGACUGAUGGUCCCAGCAGAGUCGGCUCUUAUUCCACAUGUUGAUUCUAUUAUGCUUCAUAUGAAAUCUUAUGAUAGUCCUGCUGAUGGAAAAAGCUCGUUUCAGGUGGAGAUGUCUGAGAUUCGAUCUAUUAUUACCAGAGCAACUUCAAGAAGCCUUGUGCUUGUGGAUGAAAUCUGUCGAGGAACUGAAACAGCAAAAGGGACUUGUAUUGCUGGCAGUAUUGUUGAAACUCUUGAUAGGAUUGGUUGUCUGGGUAUUAUAUCCACUCAUUUGCAUGGAAUAUUUAGUUUGCCUUUGAAUACGAAGAACACAGUGCACAAAGCCAUGGGUACAACGUAUGUUGAUGGGCAGACAAAGCCAACUUGGAAAUUGGUAGAUGGAAUUUGUCAAGAAAGCCUUGCAUUUGAGACAGCUAAGAAAGAAGGAAUUCCUGAAACAAUAAUACAAAGAGCGGAAGAACUUUAUGUGCAACACAAGAAAGAAGUAUCUUGUGGGAUGGAUGGCUUGAAAGGAAAUAGUUUGUCUGCACAAGUUGUAAAAGGUUCUGAUAAGGCCCAUCCUCAGUUAAGUCGCAUUGGAGCAGACACCCUCCAUCAUGAGAUUGAAUCAACAAAGCAAAUGGAAGCCCUGCAGCAAGAUGUCAAGAAAGCUGUUACAACAAUAGUUCAAAAGAAGUUGAUGGAGCUCCAAAAGCUGAAGAACCCACUGGAAGUUCCUGAACUACACUGUGUGUCCGUGGCUGCUAGGGAACAACCACCUCCAUCUGCAAUAGGUGCUUCUGUUGUCUAUGUCAUGUUUAGACCUGACAACAGGAUAUAUGUCGGAGAGACGGAUGAUCUUGAGGGCAGGAUACGUGCACAUCGGUCAAAGGAAGGAAUGCAGAAUGCGUCUUUCAUUUAUUUCGUAGUUCCAGGGAAGAGCGUGGCUUGCCAGCUGGAAACUCUCCUUAUAAACCAGCUUCCAAAUCGUGGAUUUCGCUUGAGUAAUGUGGCUGAUGGCAAGCAUCGGAAUUUUGGCUCUUCCACCCUCCAUGCAGGAAAUAUGGUGGUCUUCUAAUGGCAAUGUUGCUUGUUGACAUAAUUGUACAGAACUCAUUGUAAGUUUCCACUGCAGUGGCCGCAACAAUUUUGUUUUUGAUAUUAGUUGCUCCACUGAUCCGUGUAAGUCGAUUAUGGCGACCAGAGUCCAUGUAAUCAUACAUACUUACUUUGGCCGAGAGUACGCUCGUGUUAAUUUUCUUACUGUUGA